AUGGAUACCACUACAAACCAUUUCGGCGCUGCCGUCUUCUGGCUCUACAUCGUCGCCGCAUUGGCCUUUACCUCGAUCGUGAUCGACACCAUCGUCCGACUGCCAGCCCCAUCACAUGCCGCGUUUCGAAAGCGGCAUGUCGCGGCCUUCACGAUCCUCGCGUCGGUGAGCUUCGCCACGCUCUCGUUCAACAUGCUCCACAUACUCGUGCAGUCCUAUCGAACCUGGGCCGCCCCGAGAGCGACAGCUCCGCUUUCCAUCCGCACCGUCCGCGAAUGGUCCGUGACUUCCACCAUGUUUCGCGACUUCGGCGAGGCCAUCACCGAGGACGAGACGCGAUACCUGUGGACCCAGUCCGCGCUCUUGGUCACACUCGCCUCGUGCUUAUACAUGGGCUCGCAAGGUACGUCGUAUUAGGUCGUCUUACCAACUGAUCGUGAACUGAUCGUGGAAGGCCUAAGGAAACGCAUCCCACGCCUCUGGGCCUUCUUCGCGCUCUCGCAGAUCCUCCCGAUCUCCUUCGCCCAGAAUCUCUUCUAUCUCGCGCUUCUGAGAUCUGGCCCUCCAUCGCAUGCGAUUGGCAUCCCCCGGACGGCCACCACUGGGCUCAUUGCGGCUUACUGCAUCUGCCUGGUCGCCGCCCCGUACUCCCGAGGAAGUCCAUACCUCAUCCCCAUCAUCCUCUUCGCCAGACUACUCCUACUCCUACCUCUUCACCUCCCCUUUGUAGACGAUGAAGCGAGAAGCGCCGGGGACACAUUCACCCCAACGAGAGCACAACGAAUCGUCGCCUCGCUCUCUGCGGUUUUGGUCGCGAGACAAGUCUACCUGAUUCGGCAGAGCGGCGCAUCUCUCCACGACGUCUUUGCCAGGGCUUUGUUCGGCCAUCCGGCUGUGACGACGCUGGGCUUCGACUUUUUCUUGAGUGUGGUGAGCUCUGCCGUGUGGAACUGGACUCGGCCACGCGAUGCGGGUACGUGA